UAUUCAAUCCCAUAUAUAUAUAUACACCACAAUAUCCCAUCUUUCAUCUUACACUCAUCCGUCCAUCUCUCAAACACCAAAACAAUUAACCACAAAACAUAAGACACACAAGUUAGAGAUCUCAUCAUGGAUGUCGUUUGUACGGAACAUCAAAUGAGGAAACCAACGGUGGAGAUACCUCCGAGGAAGCUUCUUUUAUCAUCCAAGAGUUUUCCGGCAGCGGAUUCUUCAUCCCCUCGUUCGCCGCGUAAACAUAACUGGAACAAAAGCAACAAAAUCACAUCUGAACACGAGGAAGACAGUUUCAACAACGAAGACAACAACAACAAGGAGAUUAAAGAGUACUGUUAUGACUCCGACUCUGAUGAUCCUUACGCAAGCGAUCAUUUCCGGAUGUUCGAAUUCAAGAUCCGACGUUGCACUCGUAGCCGAAGCCACGAUUGGACUGACUGUCCCUUUGCUCAUCCUGGAGAGAAAGCUCGCCGUCGUGAUCCUCGUCGUUUUCAAUACUCCGGUGAGGUGUGUCCUGAGUUUCGCCGUGGUGGUGACUGUAGCCGUGGAGAUGACUGUGAGUUUGCUCAUGGUGUCUUCGAGUGUUGGCUCCACCCCAUUCGUUACCGUACUGAAGCUUGUAAAGACGGUAAACACUGCAAAAGAAAAGUUUGUUUCUUUGCUCAUUCGCCACGUCAGCUUAGGGUUCUUCCUCCCGAAAACGUUUCCGGCGGCUCAGGUUCGCCGUCUCCAGCGGCUAAGAAUCCGUGUUGCCUUUUCUGUAGCAGCUCUCCAACGAGCACUCUUUUAGGUAAUUUGUCUCAUCUCUCACGUUCUCCAUCUCUGUCUCCACCUAUGUCUCCGGCUCACAAAGCCGCUGCCUUUUCACGUCUGAGAAACCGCGCCGCCUCUGCCGUUUCAGCCGCUGCUGCCGCUGGCUCAGUUAACUAUAAAGACGUUUUGAGCGAGCUGGUGAACUCGUUGGAUUCGAUGAGCCUAGCGGAAGCGUUGCAGGUUACUUCCUCCUCGCCGGUUACAACACCUGUUUCCGCAGCGGCUGCAGCGUUUGCCUCGUCCUGCGGUUUGAGCAAUCAGCGUCUUCAUCUCCAACAACAACAGCCAAGUAGUCCUUUGCAAUUUGCUCUUUCGCCUUCCACUCCAAGUUACCUAACCAACUCGCCUCGUGCAAACUUCUUCGGCGAUGAUUUCACUCCUCGACGGAGACAGUUGAACGAUUUCUCGACGGUUGCGGCGGUUAGGGACAAGACAAGUUUUGAGGAUGGUUCUUGUGGUGACCCUGAUCUAGGAUGGGUCAAUGAUCUCUUGACUUGAUUGAUCGACGGUGGAGAUUCGCCGAGAAGAGACCCGACUUUUGAGUAUGUAAAUUUCGGUGGGAGAGUUUUGAUCAGAUUCAUGGUCAGAUGGGAAUAAUCGGUUCGUACCGGUUUAGUCAAAUUGGGGAGAUUAAUAUUGUUCAAAUUUGUUUUGAAGAUUUUUUUUUUCUUACGAAUUUCCACGAAAGCUAAUUAAGAAGUGUCUUGUGUAUUUGUCUUAUUUCUUAGAUUUUUCUCUUUUCUGAUGGGAUAUUUUUACCAAAUAAUAUGUUGAACUUGUAAUAUCUUAGCUUGUGGAUUCGGAUUGUGCAAUAUUUCACCAUUUCUAUAUAUAUCGUCUCUUUAAUGUA